GUCAAGGUCACGUAUGAAGGGAACGGAAGAUUUGACACAGAUAAGGAGCGCGAACUGCUGUUUGUCAAUACCCUUUCCACAAAUGUAAACUGAGUACAAAAAUUUUAAUGCUGCUGAGUAUCACAACAGAACAUGUGUCAAAUCAACAGGGUUUGGAAGUGCUGACAUAUGCUCUGCAAUGACGGAAGUCGCCUGUACCCAACACCUCACUUGACAUUUGAUUUGACAGGGAAACCGGAAGACAUACAGCUGAUGCAAGAAAGAAAUGACCAGCAAGUUGCUGCACAUUCCUGGCAGUGCAGGCUUGCCUGUGGUUGGGGACAAGUCUUAUGAAUACUACAAAGAUGCUGUGCAGUUUGUUCUGAAAAGAAUUGACCAGCAUCACUCCCGUAUAUUUAUCUCAAGAUUACUAAAUACACCUACAGUGUUUGUUGCAGAUCAUUCUAUGGUGAAUGAACUGCUAAAAGAUCAUGGAGAACAUUUAGAAUUUGGUUACAAAGUAUUUAUGCACAAUGUUCUAGGGGAUAACAUCUUAUUUGCCAAUGGAGAAGAAGCUGAUAACAUUCGGAAAAUUUUUCAUAGGUUGCUUGAUGAAACAACAGUAGGCCAUUUUCAAGAUAUAGUUGAAAGGUUAGUAGAAAAGCACUUACAAGGUGUAGAAACAAGGGAGACAAUAUGUGCUUACACAAUGGUGAAAAAGCUUGCAACAGAAAUAUGUUUGACACUUUUUCUUGGUGUUGAUUUUGAAGAAAGCAAAGAACUUGCAAGUAGAAUAUGUGAAUUGACGACAACACAUUGGCAUGGCAUAAUAUCAGUACCUGUGAACUUCAGAGUUCCAUUUGGCACCUCAUCAACAUAUUCCAAGGCACUUGAGGCAAAGAAACUAUUAUUGGAAAUAAUCCAGACAAAACUUCAUGCAGAAGACACAGAUGCUACAUUUCCUCUUCAAGUCAGAGAAGCAGGUUUCAAAACUCCUAUCCUCGCAGCCAAUCACUUACUGCUUCUCACUUCAGCCUUGGUGCCAAAAGCUCUCGCCUCUCUUGUCACUUCCUUUGUCCUUGUCACAUCCCAGUGGAUGUCAAAAUACGAGAUUGAAGACAUGUUGGAUAAUCAAAAGCAUUUUGAUGCUGUGUUAUUAGAAGUGCAACGAUUGUGGCCACCUUUUGCUGGAGGAAGGAGAGUUGUUAAAAAGGACCUAGUUUUAUCUGCUGGUUAUCGUAUUCCUCAUGGUCAUGCUGUCCUGUACUGUACCCAUGCCUCACACAGGGACCCCAAAGUCUUCCCAGACCCUGAUAACUUUAGGCCAGACAGGUGGAGCAACAGCUCUCUGUCCAAGGAUUCACUUUUUUGUUUUGGUGGUGGGGCAAGGGAUUGUGUGGGACAACAUAUUAUGUGGAACAUGCUGAGAACCAUCUGUACCUCCCUCAUUUCUCAGUUUACCUGGGAGUUAGAAGAAGGGCAGUGCCUGGAAUACAAAUGGCUGCCAGUGUCACGACCUAAGGAUAAGGUUAAAGCAAAGUUCACAAGAAAAUAGAUGGAACAGUUGAAGAAUAAGUACUCGGUUGUGCAAAUCCAGGUUAUUUAUGUAAGCAGUCCAAUUAUGCAUAUAAAUGAACAACUUGUUAUUUUUGGAACAAUAUUUUUUCAAAAACAUGACGUAACAAGUGACAUGUAUGUAUCUUCAUCUUAGACCCCAUUCCCAGAGAUUAGAUCGAUCCAACUAGAUCGACCUAACUCCCUGGGGGUUCACGCUAAAUA